GCCAACUCUCCUCGCUUGUUUCUGUGACCGGACCCGUUUGUGAUGGUCAGAAAUCUCACCGCUGUGUUCCUGCGAUUAAUAAAACAACACACUCUGGAUUCACCAACACAGAGAAGAGGUACAGGAGUGUGAGCUCUGUCAGAAUGGCAUGACCUGAAUAAGAUCUUUCUUUUAUUUUCCUGAGGGGAAGUCAGUUUGUCCUGGUCUGGUCUGAGGAGGGAGGCGGCCCGGAAUGCUAGUCAGGUUUCUGCUCAGGAGAUUUUAUCCGGAAUAAAUUCAAUCAAAAUAAAGAUUUCUGGUUGAGAAAAAGAUUUCCGAAAAGUAGUUCAGGAUUAUCUCCUGAUUGAUUGGAGCUUCAGCUUCAAACAGGACAUGUGUGUAAUGGCUGGGAAAGUGUGAGUGCAGCAGGUGUGUGUGUGUGUGUGAGCAGAAUGUUGCCGGGUGUGGGUGUGUUUGGAACGGGACAGACUGUCCGCUCCCUGGUGCCCUUACUGCAGGAGGAAGGUUUUCCUGUUCAGGCCGUCUGGGGUCGGACGCAGGAGGAAGCGGAAUGUCUGGCUAUCGAGCUCAACAUCCCCUUCUCUACCAGCCAAUCAGACGACGUCCUGCUGCGACAGGAAGUCCACCUUGUAUGCAUUCUGACCCCACCGCCGCACACACGGCAGAUCGCAGUGAAGGCAUUGGGGAUCGGAAAGAAUGUGAUCAGCGAGCAGGCUGCUACACUAACAGACGCCUGUAUGAUGGUGACGGCGGCGCAGUAUUACCCGCAGCUCAUGAGCAUCAUGAACAAUGCACUGCGCUUUCUGCCUGCAUUCGUCCUGAUGAAGCGGCUGCUUGUGGAGGGGUACUGCGGGACGCUGCAGGUGUGUGAAGCGCGUGUUUAUGGUGGCUCGUUGCUGAGCCAGUCAUAUGGCUGGGCGUGGGAGGAGCUGAUGGGGGGCGGUGGCCUGCACACGGUUGGUUCCUGCAUCAUCGAUCUCCUGAGCUACCUGACGGGGAAGCGGGCCGAACGUGUUCACGGAAUGCUCAGGACCUUUGUGCGCCACGGUGCUACGGGCAGUGGCAUUCGCUCCGUCACGGCCGAUGACUACGCCUGCUUCCAGCUGCUUGUGGCAGGGGGCGUGGUCUGCAACGUGACGUUGAACUUUAACCUCCCGGGCGCUGAUCUUCACGAGGUCAUGCUGGUGGGAUCAUCUGGGAGACUGGUGGCCCGGAGCACCGAGCUGUACGGUCAGCGCAAUGGCAUGAAGGGGGAGGAGCUGCUUCUGAGCGACAGCAACUCAGGGGCGGGGCCUUCGGUCACAGGGCUGAAAGCGAUGGUGACUCAGCUCCGUCUGUCCUUCCAGGCGCAGGAGGACCGGCGGUCGUGGGCUCGGCAACCCGUCGCCAUGGCAUCCACAUUUGAGGACGGGCUGUACGUCCAGACGGUGGUGGAUGCUAUUAAGAGGUCAAAUCGCACUGGAGAGUGGGAGAGCGUGGACGUCAGAACUGAGGACGUGGAUCCUAAUCAGAACCACAGAACGGCUCUGAACUAAAGUGACGACUGAAUGACCGAAUGGUCACAGACUACACCGGUGUGUGUGUUGACUCUGCUAACAUGGCAGUCUGUUUUAGGUUAAACACUGCAUUCCCAGGCAUAAAGUGCUUCCACACACCAGACGAGAGGAUCGCUCGACCUCCACGUUCAUCAGAGUCUUACACGUUUUGUAGUCAGACACGAGAAUCGGGUCACGUGUACACUGUUUCCAGGCUGGAGAGCAAAAAAUGUCAGACGUGGAGGCAGAAAAUAAACACGUGAUGUGUUUCUCAGAUCAGGAUCAUAUCACUUUUUAAGGAAGUAUGACAGCUCAGUCUCACGUGUGUAUGUGAGGGAGAGAGAGAGUCACCAUCUACACUACAGAAAUGCGAGUGGAUCAGAUUUAUAAAUCUAAACACUACACUUUUUUCAGUCUCUCUGUGUGAUCAGUUACUUCACCUCUGAUUCACACAAAAUACAGAUGUUCCGUCUCGUACCUGCAUACAAAACAUACAAUAUUCACUACUACCUUACCCACAAUGCAGUGCUGCUGCUGGAAACACGCUACACCUCUGAUUCUGCCCUCGCUCCAAGCACAUUCCUACCUUUAUCAUACACUACAACACACACACACACACACACUGAUCUCGACACUGCUGAGCAAAACUAAAGCAAACAGCUGUCUGCAUCUGGCUCUCAAUGUUUACUUUCGUGACUUUGGUUCUCAGAAAUAUAUUCUUAAGAAAAGAAAAUUCCAGGAUUCUUCGUUUUGAUUUUUUAUUUUAUUUAUUUUGUGAUUAGAUUUUCACAACACAUUUUAGAUGAUCUAUUAAUUCCACGAAGCUGUGAUAUUACAGAUAGCUCAUACGACAGUAAAAAUUUCACUCUAACACUCGUAUCCCUAAAGACGUCAUAAAACUGUUCUCUCUGGUACAAAACAACCUGCUCUAUAACUACAAGUUAAAAUUAUUAUUAUUAUUAUUAUGAGGGAUAAUAUGAUGAUGGAUGAGGGAGCUGGGUUAGUACAUAUAUAUAGGUACACAAUGAGCUGAAAUCAGUAUAAAUGUUUAUUUAAUAAAGGCUUUUUUCUUAAAGCCGAGCGGUGGAAGGAAGUUCUGACCUUUCAAACAGGAAGUGGAGAGCAUGUUCUGUUGUCCAUUGUGUGGAAAGCUCUUAAAGCUGAUUAUCUUUAUCGUUAAACCGUUUUUAUACAGACUGAAGAAACACUGGAGUUAUGUCACUGGAAUCACUGUGUGUGUGUGUGUGUGCACCCUUACUCUAAGCUAGGUUUUCAGCUGUGAAUAUUUUUAUUUGCUGUAUUUUAUUUAAACAGUUUGAGCUGAAUAUUUCUGCAAGAUUUCUCCAGAUUGUUUAUGGACCCAAGUCGGAUCAUUAAAGCCUUCUGGAUCAGAAGAGGAACGUCGGAGCUGAGCUCAGCAAUCCCAUUCUCACGGACCAGACUUUGACCAUGUCGGACUGUAACGUGACGGUGUUUUAGACUCUGGUGUGUCUAAAAAGCUGCACAGAGAUUCUGGCAUGUAUUUAUUGUCUGAAACUGUGUGUGUGUGUGUGUGUGUGUGUGAGAGAGAAAGAGAACAGUGUUCUUUUAGGGUUUAAUAAAAUAAUUCAGAGUUUA